GGUUUUGAAUCAAUAAGUACAGCAAUGGCUACAAGUUGUGAAUAUGUCUCUGAUUUGAGGAUUGUGUUAUUGGGGAACAGAGCAGCGGGGAAAACCUCUUUGGCAAACCUAAUAACAGGUCAUGCCGAGCCUCUUCUGAGGAGAACAGCGCAGUGUGUGAAGAUGCAGGGAGAUUUCGCCGGAAGGCAAAUCACUGUAGUUGACACGCCAGGUUGGUGGAAGAACUACUUGAUAAAAGAAACCCCUGAAUUCCAAAAAAAGGACAUUAUGCUUAGCGUGACUCAUUGUCCCCCUGGGCCGCAUGCUGUUCUGCUGGUCAUACGUGUGGAUGCUUUCUACAAAGAAAAGCACAGACGAUCGGCGGAGGAACACCUGGAGCUUCUGUGUCAAAGGGUCUGGAAUCACACUAUAGUCGUGUUCACGUACACAAACCAGCUACAAGAACAAACUCUUGAAAGGCAGAUCGGAAGUGAAGGUGAGUCUCUUCUGCUUUGGCUCGUGGAGAGAUGCGGCCACAGAUAUCAUGUUAUUAACAUUGAGAGAGACACUGGCACACAGGUUACAGGACUACUGGAGAAAAUAGACUCAAUGGUUGCAGAGAACAGGGGCUGUUAUUUUGAAAUGGACAGAAAAUGGUUGCGUAAGUUAGAAGGAAUAACGACAGGGAGAUGCAUGAGGGCAACCCAAAGGAGGAAGAUGAUACAAAAACAAUGGGAGUCUCUACUUUCAUGUCACGGUCACAAGCAAUUCCACAUUUCCAAGAUGAGGAUAAUAAUGUUAGGUUUUCGAAGAAGUGGAAGGAGUUCAGCAGGUAACACCAUUCUGAGUAUGGAGACUUUCACAUCAAAGACAAGCAUGCAGUGUGUGAGAAGACAUGGGGAGGUUGCAGGUAGACAAGUGACCAUAGUGGACACACCAGGCUGGUGGAAAUCUCUUUUGGCAUGUGACACUCCUGAACUUGUAAAAGAGGAGAUAUUACUCAGUAUGUCCCUCUGUCCACUGGGACCACAUGCCGUUUUACUGACUUUACGCGUAGAUGUGUCAUUCACAGCCGAAGACAAGAGAUCAGCGGAGGAACAUCUCGAUCUUCUCGGUGAGGGAGUAUGGGCUCAUGUCCUUGUGCUCUUCACACAUGGAGAUUGUCUGGGCGAUGUAACCAUUGAAGAGUUCAUUGAGAGUGAAGGGGAUGCUCUACAGUGGCUUAUUGAGAAAUGCCAGAACAGGUAUCACGUUCUCGACAAUACGAAUUGGAAUGAUGGCACUCAGGUCACAAGCUUGCUGUUGAAGAUUGAGAGGAUGGUAAUGGAAAAUAGGGGCCGUCAUUAUGAAAUUGACCCCAAGACUUUAAAAGAGGUGAAACAGAAACAGAAAGCAGCGGAAAAGAGGGCAAAGGCAAGAGCAAAGAAACUGAACAACAUGAGAAAGAUGAGUGCAAUUAAAGACACUGGAGAUCAUUUUUCAGAGGUUUUUCUUGUGCUUCUUGGUUACGGAGAGGCUGGGAAAAGUUCAACAGGAAAUACCGCUCUUGGCAAACAGGUGUUCGGGUCAAGAAGAACAUCCCUGCGUGUCCAGAAACGUGGAGAGGUGGCGGGGCGGCGAAUCACCGUCAUAGACACCCCUGCCUGGGGGAAACAUCUGCCCAUUGAGGACACACCUGAAUCUCAUAAAGAAGAACUUGUGCGAUGUCUGUCUCAAUUCACUUCAGGACCGGUCGCUUUCGUUCUGGUUGUACGUGCAGACUGUUCAUUUCAAGAGCAGGAGCGGAAGACAAUGGAGGAUCACCUAAAGCUUCUGGGUUCUGCCGUCUGGGAUCGCUGCAUGGUUCUGUUCACCUUUGGGGAUAUCCUCGGAGACAGAGCUAUUGAGCAGCACAUUGAAUGUGAAGGAAAAGCCCUGCAGUGGCUUGUUGACAGAUGUGGUAACAGGUAUCAUGUGUUUAAUAAUAAGGCUAAGGGUGAGAGCCAUCAGGUCAGAGAGCUGCUGGAAAAGAUAGAGGAGAUGAUUGCAGUGAACCAGGGGUGUGAUGAGAUGGACAUGAAGGUGUUGCAAGAGGUUACAGAGAGGAGGAAAGUGGUGGAAGAGAGAUCACACACAAGAAUGAAAAUAAAGAGACAAAUAGAGGAAGUUGCAUCAGAUGAUGUAUUUGAUACUAGUGAAGAUGAUGACAUCAUCAUCUGGGGUUCAAAAGGGUAGGGGUGUAACAGCCAUGAAGUGUGUGUGUGAAUUCAGUUGUAGGAAUUCUAGUUAUAUUUUUAUUAUUAACAUUCAUUUUCAAGCAUGCAAAUGCCAGGGGUCUUCAAUUGGGGUUUGCCACAGUACA